GCUAUUACAAAACUAACAGCUAGAUCGCACUCAAUUUAGCAACAAAAACAAUAAUUAUCCUUACUGCUACAAGGCUAACCGACAGUUACUUUGUUGUGCACGACGUCUGGGAGUGCCCGGAUGUAGAGUAAAGUCCCUCCCUCCUCCUCCUUACACACAAACAGAGCCACCACCUCCGCUUACCCUCCCCUCCCUGCAGGUUCGCCGGGGCCACUGCAGUAAAACCGUCAUCGGCAAAAGGACAGAGUGAGCAAAUCAAACGCGACUCGAGAAUAAACUAGUCACAUCUAGCUAGCUAUCUACCUGUAAGCAAACGGAUCCUAGUGUUUGGCUUUAGCUAACUUCCUAGCUACGGACAUACCCGUUCACAUCCUCUGAGAAGCAUUUGGAUAACCGACCGGCAAAAUGGGAAAUGAAGCCAGCUAUCCCCUGGAAAUGUGCUCACAUUUUGAUGCGGAUGAAAUAAAGAGGCUAGGGAAGAGAUUUAAGAAACUUGACCUGGAUAAUUCCGGGUCCUUGAGUGUGGAGGAAUUCAUGUCUUUACCUGAAUUACAACAGAACCCCCUGGUACAGCGAGUUAUUGAUAUAUUUGACACGGAUGGCAAUGGGGAAGUCGACUUCAAAGAGUUUAUUGAGGGCGUCUCGCAGUUCAGUGUGAAAGGUGACAAGGAGCAGAAACUGCGAUUUGCCUUCCGGAUUUACGACAUGGACAAAGACGGUUACAUCUCUAACGGGGAGCUGUUCCAGGUGCUGAAGAUGAUGGUGGGGAACAACCUGAAGGACACCCAGCUCCAGCAGAUCGUCGACAAAACCAUCAUCAACGCCGACAAGGACGGCGACGGGAGGAUAUCCUUUGAAGAAUUCUGCGCAGUCGUAGGCGGCCUAGAUAUUCACAAGAAGAUGGUGGUGGACGUGUGAGCGGUCUGAAGCACAUCGCACCGCUCGCUUUCUUCUCCAUCUCUGAAGACCUGCUCAAGACGUCCAGCAAAUGCUCUGUGUUCUCUCUGUGAAGCCACUUUUCUGUCCAACAUGAGCCUCGUUAAACCAGCCCAAGUGUUAUUGAACUUGGGUCCUUUCAAUGACUUGGUGUAGCACUUUAAAAGCCUGAAGGACAGCUACUCUUCCAGCCUGAAGGACAGCUACUCUUCAUGAAAGAGCAUCUCAGUUAGGUGGAGCAAAGAAAGAGGGUUGGCUUGUGUUUUGUCCCUCUUUUUUAAUCUCGUCUUUAAGGAGGUAUAUCUAUAGCUUCCAAAAGGGGAAAUGUGUAGUUAGCUAAAGUGCAUCUUAAGAUACUUGAUGUAAUUGCAACACAAAAGUAGAUUAUGAAGUGCCAAGCAGAACAUAAUGAUCAACCAGUUGAACACAAGGUCAUUAUCUACCGUCUUUUUAAGUUUAGGAGAACUGGUUAGAGGUAUAUGAAGCUUUGUGUGAUUAAGAUGUGAUUUCUUUCCAAGUAUAAGGCUUUUUUUUUUUUACACACAUUUUAAUAUGAAACUGGUUUGAAUUGAACAUUUUAGCUUUCAAUUACGCUUUCAAUCAACACAACUAAAUACUGUUGGAUUUUUUGUAACAAGAUUGUUUUAUUUAUAUGUUUAUAUUUUUGGAGAGUUCAUCUCCUAUUUGUUUUGCUUUCUCAAAUACAGUAGAGUAGAAAUAGAUGCCAAGAAAGUGACAUGUUUUUGAAUAUGAACUUGUGGUUUAAUUUAAUGGUCUUUGUGUUACCCAGGUAGGGGCGGUUUGUGUCCAUCAGACUGUUCCCAGCACUACUUAUUAAAUACUCCUAUUAAAAUAAGUUGGAACAUUUAAAUGAAUUUGUAUCUUAUUACCUUUUAAACAGCAGUUCAUACAAGUGUCAUCGACUAUGCUGACUCAAGAUACAAAAUAUAACCCUAAUGGUGGACUUAAGUGACUAUGGGACACGUGUGGAAAUGUACAUACAACUGCAGGCAGCAUUUUUUUUUUUUUUAACCAAUGUAUGUAUAUUAGAUGAAGGGAUACAUUUUGGCCUUUUACAAUUUUAAACAAGGAAAACUUUACUUAAGCUAAAUGUGUACCUUCCUAGUUAUUUUACUGUGCCCUGUAUUUGAAGUUUCAUUUUCAACUUUAGUGAAAAAACAGUUGCUCUUAAAAUGUCAUUAACAUUUCAGCAUGAUGUUCAAAUUGGAAUACACUUUUGAGUUUGAGCAUGUGUUACCCAGUUAUAUCUACAGUAGCAUUUUCAGGUUUUGUGUAUUUUGAGAAAGAAAAUGGGGCCAUUUUCAACAACAUUUUUGGUUUUGAAAUGUGGUCUCUUCAUUGUGCUGGACUGCUUGUUGACCCAGGCAGGAAUCUGGUGGGAAGCUGGCACACCUUCCUGUCCUGGACGUCCUGGAGCGGAGUGCUGCAUGUCCGAGGGGCCUGGGACCCCCGCCCUUGCAUGACAUGGUUAUAACCCUAACCCUUUUGCAUGUAGAUCCACUUUUUAAAUAUUCCUCGUUUACAUAUAAACUGUAAUGUUAAUAUAUUAAAGAAUCACGGAUGGAGAAUUGAUAUGGAUGUUGCCAAACGUUGGUAAAUGUUAACAUGGUCAUUGCUAAUUAUUGAACUCCACUACAUGUUAAAGAAACAAUGUUCUGGCUCAGUGCAUUGCUUGACUUGUGGCAGUUUCCUGUCUGUUCCAGUGUCAACUGCCACAUGCUCUGCUUCAAGGGGGAAAACACUUGUGAUGUUUCUUUAAAAAAAACAAAAAAAAUAAAUAAAUUUUUAUAGUUACUCUUCUGUGUAGUGGGUGUGUAGACUAGGCUCUAGUUCUUUAGUUCGACCAUUACGUCUGAAGGACUCUGAAGGGUUUUUGCUUUUGUGGGGAAUGGUUCAAAAUGGAGGUUAGUUGGUUGCUUUUCCGUCUGCAUGCUGCAUCAUGUGCUGUGUGCUAUUGGAACACUGAUACUGUAUGACAUGAGGAUGUGAAUAAACCAUGUGAAACCUG